AUGAGCACCUGGAUGAACGACGCAGUCCCGAACCACAAUGGCAACGGCUUCCCGCACAUGACUGACCCCAGCUCUGCCAGUGCCAUGAUGGACCCUUCCGUCUUCAUGACCAACCCGGGCCAGUUCAACCCGGCCGCCCAGUUCCCCAAUCAACAGCAGAUGGCCAUGCAGAACGGCCCGAUGCGCCACGCCUCGCCCUCCGCCUACCAGGCGACCCAGGUCUACCAGACCAAUUCGGUCAUUCCAUCGAAGCGCCCGCGGCCGCGUGAGGAUUCCAUCUCCGGCUCUCCGAGGCAGAAUCCGGGCAUGCUCCCGACGUCGCGCUCCGAAACGCCGCAGCAGCAGGCCUUCCCCGGCUUCCAGCCUGGCGCCAUGCCUCAGCAGAACGCCGGCCAGUUCUCCCACCUGCAGACCAACGGCUCGGCCAACGCCAGCCCCUCGCCCAUCAUGGGGAACCAAAUGCGCCCGGGCAGUGUUCCCCAGCGAGUGGCGACGGCCUCGCCUCAUCCGUUUUCCCCCGGUGCCCAGCAGUUUACGUCCCAGACGUCGCCCAUCACAUCGGAGCAUGGGACGCCGCAGCCGAAUCCCUACAUGCAAAACAUGCCGCAGGGCUACAACCCGGCCUUUGCGCAGUCCCCGUCGAACCCGCGCCCGUCUCCGAAUCCUAACGCGAUGCCGGGGAACCCCAUGAUGGCCCAGCAAAUGGGGCAGAUGGGACAGCCCAUGGCCCAGAUGCCGGCUGCCAUGUAUGCUCAGAUGCAGCAGCAGCAGCAACUUCAACAACAGCAACAGCAGCAGCAGCAGCACCAGGCGCACCAGGCACAGACUCAACAGCAGCAGCAACAACAACAGCGGCCGCAGCAGGGCAUGACCGAGGGUCAGAAGAUGGCUGCCUACCAGAUGCGGCUCCAGCAACAACUCCAAGGUACCAUGCAGAUGCAGGCUCAAAUACAGGCCCAGCAGAAUCUCGGCCGUGGAAUGAUGGCGAAGCAACAGCAGAUGGCCGGUAUGCCCAAUGGUCAGAUGCCCCCCGGACCGAUGCGACCGCAGCACCGACCAACUGGCAGCAUCAACGGAGAGCAGUUCAUGAAGAACCUUACAGCACUCAUGAGUAAACAGGGCCUCCCCUUGGACGUGAACCCCAUGAUUGGAGACCGGCCCGUCAAUUUGAUGAUUCUGUUCCAAGCCGUGUCAUCCAAAGGUGGUUCCAAAUCGGUCACUGUCGCGAACGCCUGGGGCCACAUAGCCCAAGCCUUGGGGCUUCCGGCGCAGAUACCCAACGUUCCUCUGGCGCUCAAGCAGAUUUACGACCGCAAUCUUGGCAAGUUUGAAGAGGUCUGGAUAGCUCAGCAGAAGCAGAGGAUGAUGCAGCAGCAACAGCAGCAGCAGCAACAACAACAGGCGACUCUCGCGAACCAAGGCGCUCCCCAGAAGCAGGUCGUACCGGGCCAGCAGAUGAACCAGGGCCAAAUGCAGCCGGGCCAGCAGCAGCAGCAGCCACCACCACAGCAACCUCCGCAUCCGCCUCACGUGCAGCAUCAUACGCCGGUCAAGUCUGGCCAGCCCUCCAUCAACGGUUUCUCGGCGCCGCAAACUCCACAGCUGCAUCAGCAGCCGAAUGCUGUUCCUGGCCAUAAUAGAAAUAGCCUAUCACGCAGCAUAGAUCAAGCCGGGCCGAAUGACUUCUCAAUACCCUCCCCGGCCCACUCGAGACCCGGAAGCAUGGUCUUGGGCCCCGUCGACGGCAGGCCGAUGGGCGUCUUGAAUGUCGAGCAGCAGAUGCCCCAGCUUCCACCGAGAUCAGAGGAAUACAGCCCUUGCGCGCGAGAGCUUUCCACGUAUGGCGGAGUCGAUCUCCAUGCGGCAAACUUGCUCGGCGCGGAGCUGGAGCGCUGGAAGCCAACUGUCCCACCGGUGAACGACCUCGGCAACAUUGAUAUAGCUGCACUUACCCGUAGCCUGCAAAGUGGGAUACAUGGAGAAGUCCGCCUCGCUCUGGACACGCUCGCGACGGUAUCUCACUCGCCAAACCAGGCACAUUUCCUACAGCUGCGAUACUGCGACGAUUUGGUGGAUGCGCUCAUCGAUUGUGCCGAGGAACAGCUCGAGCUCCUCACCGAACACACGGUGGAAGUAUCCGACGACAUCCAGCUCACCCCGUAUGAAGAGGUGGUCCGGGCGUGUCGCAUCGAGCGAUGGGCAAUCCGAGAUGUUCCCGCUUUUGGCACUCAAGAAUACGAACUUGACCGAGCCGUCGAUCGAUUGGUGUGCAUCUCCACCAUCUUGCGCAAUGUUUCCUUUCCGGGCGAGAACAACGACAACCACGUUAUACUCGCUGAUGAGUCGGUCAUCAAGUUUCUCUGCACCGCGAUCAGAUAUCUCGGCACUCGGACAAUGCUUCUCCGAACCCAUAACAACACCCUUGACUUCAUGAAGGACGUGGUUAUCCUCCUUUCGAACAUUGCCGGCUCAGUCGAAAUUCCCGGCCGAGAACAGGCUUCGUGUCUCUUGCAUUUCUUGCUGGCAUUUGCUCCGGUUCCCAAUCCGACACUGACUAACGACACAAUCUUCUUCACCAACUAUGAUCCGAGCGUUCAUACCUAUCUUCCCCACGCUGUGGAUGCCUUGGCCAAACUGCUUGCUCGCGAUGAGCCCAAUAGGGGUCAUUACAAAACCCUUUUCGCUUAUGAUGCCGCCAACCAGCCCCCAUACGAGCUCCUCACUCGGACCUUUGCGCUAGCCAUCUCACCGAUUCCAGACAAGGCCAAGGAGCGCGAUCGACCAACGAAUUUCCCUUCGCUUGUGGAAGUCCGGAAGCCGUAUCUGAUGCAAGGCCUGUUGGCUGCAGAGAUCCUUGCGGCCUUGGCCCCUGGUGCUGAGUCGAACCUUGUGAGGACCUGGUUGAGUGCAGCCAACGGCCUGGCGAACAACCUCUUCCGUCUCGGUCAAGAGCUGAGUCGCAUGUACGAACAACCGCAAGCCUACGGUCGCGGACCUGGACGAGCUGCACCACGCAAAGAUCCCGAGCACCUCUACAUUUCUGUUCUCGCGAUAGCUUUGCUUAGGCGACUUGUCGAAAAGUCAAGGGAUCCUAACAAUCCUGCCGUUGCUGCCGCCGGACCAUUCCUACCCACGACACAGGCGUUGCUGGAGGCGUUGUCCAUGCACAGCCCUGAGUGGUCGAAGGAAGGUUUACUGCAGCACUUGUCGACAAUAAUAAGUUUAGCAGGAUGA